CCGGUUUGAUCAAUAGUGAGUUGUGUUCCAGAUCUUGUUUAGGGAAAAUGAAGAUUAUUCAUAUACUGGUGGUAGUAGUGCUUCUCUGUUGAGCCUCAACUUGGGGAGAGACGAGUAUUCACACGAACAAUUGGGCUGUCUUAGUCUGCACUUCUCGAUUCUGGCACAUGGCCAAUACACUCUCCCUCCAUAGGACAGUCAAGAGACUUGGAAUACCUGAUGAACGCAUCAUCCUAAUGCUCGCUGAUGAUAUGGCCUGUAACUCUAGAAACCAAUAUCCUGCUCAAGUUUUUAACAAUGAAAACCACCUCCAAAUCAACCUCUACGGAGAUAACGUUGAGUUGAAAAUUUCCUGCACUGGGCGUCACAGCCAUAUUCUACUCUACAUGACUAGCCAUGGAGGUGAUGAGUUUCUCAAGUUUCAAGAUGCUGAAGAACUCCAGAGCCACGACUUAGCUGAUGCUGUCAAACAAAUGAAAGAGAAGCCUAGAUUCAAGGAGCUGAUGAUUAUGGUUGAUACUUGCCAAGCUGCCACUCUCUUUAACCAGCUUCAAUCUCCUGGUGUUUUGGCAAUUGGUAGCAGUCUUAAAGGAGAGAACUCAUACUCACAUCACCUGGACUCAGAUAUUGGUGUAUCUGUUGUAGAUCGGUUUACAUACUACACUCUUGCCUUCUUUGAGAGGCUCAACAUAUAUGACAAUGCAUCACUUAACAGCUACCAUAAUUUGUUUAGUUCCUAUGAUCCGAGCCAGCUAAUGUCUACUGCCUACUACCGAACUGAUCUUUACCAGCCAAAACUGACUGAGGUACCGGUGACAAAUUUCUUCGGUUCAGUUAUGGAGACCAUUCAUACUGAUUCAGCUUACGAAGCCUUUUCAAGUAGAGACUCAAAUAGCAAGAUCAAAUCCGACAUGCCACUCAAUGAGCCUUCCGUGCACGCACGGUCUUAAAGAAGAUGUUCACCUCAGCAUAGCGGUGAUGGUUCUCGUUGUAAUGGUGUCAUCAUCUUUGUUAUGAUGCAGCCAGGCUCUUAGGAUAGGACGCUCAUUAUCAUCAUCAUCUCCACUUCACUUAAUCUCUGUUGUAUGAUCUUAAUUGUUGCAGCUUCGCAUCAAUGUAUUAUUACUUUUAUCACAAUGCUUUCUCUGAGGUGAAUAAGAGGUUAUUGGUUUAUAUA